CUUUGAGAAUUAAUUUCAUCAUGACCUCUUAUGACGAAGCUGAAACUGAGGAAACAGCAGCAUGCCUCCACAUGACUUUUUACCACCCUUGCCAGAACGACAAGAUGAUGUUUCGCUGCCUGAAUUUCUGUAAGCGAGAACAGGUCAGGGCAGAUGAAAUGGCCAAAUUUGGCCGUGACCCUAACAUCUGCCAUUAUAACUUGGUGGAUACUCGUGUUUCUCGGAUUCAGUUUUCACUGCAGUUCUACAGAAAGUCCAACAGCUCAGAAGUGUGUUUUGAGAUAAAGAACAUGAGCAAGAAAACAAAGCUGUUCGUGGACCACACAGAACUGGGUUACUUAAACAAAAUGGACCUGCCAUGGAAGUGCAUCGUUUGUUUUGGGGACUACCAGAUUUUAAUGGAGAUUGAAGAAGGGGAAUCCUUGGAUUACUUUGAGACUCACUUACACUUGGCAAAAGUACCAAUUUUACAAGAAAAAUGCAUUCCAUUGCUACAACCAAUACCAGAGAACAACAUUAUCCCUUCAUUGUUUCCUUCCCAAGGCAAAAGCCCUAUAGAGAUUGAUGAAAAUGAGUCAUGCUAGGAGAGAGGAGGAAGCUGGAUGAGAUUUUGAACCUGUGAAAACUGCAUGAUUUAGGAGCAGAAGGCCAUCAUCUCAGCCUACUUUUUCAUGGUUCUCACUGCUGUACAUCAGUCCUCUUACUGUUUUCAACACCACGACAUACUUUGUUGAACAGAAACAAAUUCCUGCCACUGUCUUUACCAGGGCAUACGUUCUCUCUGGUCUCCACCGUUUUCCACAUAAACAUGAGACACGUAGAGCCACUCCAGUCCAUGGUAGCAGAUUCAGUUCAAGAACUGUGACCACGUGCCUCGAAGAUGUAUUUAACAGCUUUUAAUGUAGAGCAUUUAGAACAAUGUUUUAGCCAUCACAUUGGUUAGCUAAGGACGGAUGUAAUGGCUUGCUGCAUUUCUUAUACUUUUUUUUUUUAUUAUUAUUUUUUUGCUUUUGACAUUAAGCUCUGAACAGUAUUUUCAAGCCUAGGUUGUAACUUCCCAGAUUUUGCAGCUUAGAAGUCCUUUGUCAACAUAGCAUUUUUAAGUUAAUAUUUAUACUAACUUUGCACAGAAAUCUCUCUCUUUGGGAUUAAAAUAUAUGGUUUUUUUUUGCCAGUAAAGUGUUCUUGCUUGUGAAUGUAAAUAGACAUGCAAUAGUUGUGAUCAUGUUA